CCCGCUGCGGCUGGCAGUUGUGCGCAGAUGCUAGAAGGUUGACGAAGGUGUGCAAGAUGGCGGUAGACUGGAUUGGUUUUGGAUAUGCGGCUUUAGUGGCUUCAGGAGGUCUGGUUGGUUAUAUUAAAGCGGGUAGUGUGCCUUCUCUAGCAGCUGGCCUACUAUUUGGGAGUGCAGCUGGGUUUGGUGCUUACCAGAUCACUCAAGACCCCAAGAACAUGUGGUUGUCUUUAAUUGCUUCAGGAGCACUGACUGGAAUAAUGGGAAUGAGAUUCUACAAUUCAGGAAAAUUCAUGCCAGCAGGAUUAGUCGCAGGAGCAAGCAUCCUGAUGCUUGGAAGACUUGGUCUGAAAAUGUUUGAAAAAUCCCACAAAUCAUGAACCAGUUUCUUUCUUGAAAGAAAGUUUUGUAUAUGUCUUUUGAAUCACUGACUACAUUUAAUUUUUAUCGUAUAAACUUACAAAGUGAAUCUUGAACUGAAUCUGAACAGAGUUUAAUUCAAUAAAUCUUGAGUCAAAGAUA